GUGUGUUGCCCUCCCCUGCCAUGGCGGCGCCAUAUUUUCCCACAUUUCUCCUCCUCAUAUUUCUGUCCUCCCUAACCCUCUUGCUGCUCAUCUUUCUGCCCUCUGUCAAUCCCUCUCUUCCGCUCACAUCCUGGUCUCACUCCUCACCUUGGCCGGAGCCCUCCUGCGGGCCAGGUCAGUCCUGGGCAGUGCAGAUCCAUGAUGGUCCUCAGCCUGAUGGAGAGGAUGGGGAAGAGGAAACUGUGCACCUGGAUGUGAUAGCUGAAAGGGUGGCGCAGCAGGCUGGUCUACAGAACCAGGGCCAGAUUGGAGAGCUGGAAGGCCACUACCUGCUGUGCUCUGUAAAGUCUGGAGCUGAGUCUUUGGGAAGAGUCUGGAGAAGAAGUGUCCAACCAGCUGACAUUCUAGCAGCACAUCCUCAUGUCCUGUGGUACUCCAAGGAGAGAGUGCUCAGCCGCUCAAAGAGAUCAAUGAGCUUCAACGACCCCAACUAUCCAAAACAGUGGCAUUUGCACAAUCAAAUAAACGUAGGCAUGGAUAUCAAUGUGACAGGAGUGUGGGAACGCAACAUCACUGGCCAGGGAGUCACAGUGGUGGUUGUAGAUGACGGCGUGGAGCACACCCACCAGGACAUUCAGCUCAACUAUAGUCCCGAGGGCAGCUACGAUCUGAACUCCAAUGACCCGGACCCAAUGCCUCACCCAGAUGUUCACAGCGACAACCACCACGGGACUCGGUGUGCUGGAGAGAUCGCAGCCGUUCCCAACAACAGCUUCUGCGCUGUGGGCGUGGCCUAUGGCAGCAAGGUGGCAGGUAUCAGAGUCCUGGAUGGCCCCCUGACAGACAGCUUGGAGGCCAUAGCCUUCAACAAACACUAUCAGGUCAAUGAUAUCUACAGCUGCAGUUGGGGUCCAGAUGAUGAUGGACGCACUGUGGACGGACCUCAUCCCCUCGGCAUGGCAGCACUGCAGCAUGGGGUGAUUGCAGGCAGACGAGGCUUCGGCAGCAUUUUUGUGGUUGCCAGUGGGAACGGAGGUCAAUACAAAGACAACUGCAACUAUGACGGUUACGCCAACUCCAUCUACACCAUCACGAUUGGAGCGGUGAACGAGAAAGGUCAGAUGCCCUUCUACGCAGAGGAGUGUGCGUCCAUGCUGGCGGUCACUUUCAGCAGCGGGGGGGCCACGAUGAGGAGCAUUGUGACGUCGGACUGGUCCAUGCAGAGGGGGACGGGCUGUACUGAGGGCCACACUGGCACCUCUGCUGCAGCCCCCCUCGCCGCAGGAAUGGUGGCCCUGAUGCUGCAAGUCCGGCCCUGCCUCAGUUGGAGGGAUGUUCAGCACAUCAUCGCCUUCACCGCCAGCAAGUGUGAUAGCAACGCUGACUGGCGAGAGAACGGAGCAGGCUUUCAUCACAGCCAUCAGCAUGGCUUUGGUCUGCUCAACGCCUGGAGGCUCGUCAAUGCAGCCAAGGUGUGGGAGUCCGUGCCUUUCCUCGUCUCCUAUCAGAGCUCCGUAAUAAAGGAGAAGGCAGCCAUCCCGGCUUACUCUAAGGAGCUGGUCCUCAGCUGGAACGUCUCUGCAGCUGAUCUGAGGCCGUCCGGGAUGGAGACUCUGGAGCACGUUGCCGUUACCGUGACAAUAACUCACCCAUGUCGCGGUAAUGUGGAGGUUGUGCUGGUAUGCCCCAGUGGCAUGACGUCUGUCAUCGGGGCUCGUCGGACCAUCGACAGAGAUCCUUCAGGAUAUCAGGACUGGACUUUCUCCACGGUGCGCUGCUGGGGAGAGAAGGCUGAAGGCCAAUACACCCUGAAGAUCUCUGACUACAAAGAUGAAGCAUCUGAGCAGUGUGCUGCAGUGGGAGUGCUGAAACAGUGGAAGCUGACCCUGUACGGUUCUUCUAUGACUUGCAGCCAGGUGAAGGACAGACAGAGGUUGAUUGAGGAAGCCAUGAGCGGUGAAUAUUUGGACAGCAGCUUCUCGCUGCCCUGUCCUCCAGGCUUGGACAUCCCUCCAGAGAUCAUCAGUCCCUUUACGUCUAACACCCUCAAGUUCCUGCUGCUGCUCGGAUGCUUCGCUCUUUUCUGGUCCCUCUACACGCUGGAGGUCACGCUGGCUCAAACGGACCUCGGGGGCCUCCUGUGCCUGCCGAGGCGAUGGAGAACCCACAGAAGCAGGAGGAGGCGCCAAGAGAGAGGAGUGGAGGAGGCAUCGGCGGGGGAGAAGGCGGAGGAGCACAGCGGGUUUGAGGACUGGGACUCGGGGGAGGAAUUGCAUACUGUGCUGGACUCUGAAGCCAAAGUGCCCCUUAUGAAUGGGGACCAGCUGGCAACAUGACCCAGAUGAUGUCAGAACCUUCCCACCCCCCAUUCCAACAGACAUCUCAGCCCCCACCCCCUUCCCCCCCACCACCACCACCACUACCACCGGCUGCCUCUGGUCUCAAUAAAGCCCGUUUUCCAUUUUCUGCAGUUCUUAAAAGCGGUGGCCUUGAAUGUGUUUGAGCUGGGUUUUAUUUACACCUCGCCUUUAUCGGAACUCCUCACAGGAGCAAAAACUACAAGUCAUGGCGAGUUUCAAACUUCUUCUGGGUUUACAUGAAAACUAGUUGUUUGCACGCAAAGAAAGACUGGAUUUAGCAAAAUAGGAGGAUUUAUUAUAGGGUUACCUGUGGAUUUAAACAAGUGUGCACUAUAAAAGGGAAUGAAAGAGUGUGUGUGUGUGUGUGUGUGUUUGUGUGUGUGUGUGUGUGUUUGAUGUUAGGAACUUGCUUGGUCUUCCACUGAAACGUGUCCCUGAACUUUGAGGUUUCACAGGGACGGUUGUUUUUUUCUGAGGUAUGUUUGAUUCAUUUGAUCUGUGAAUCUAUUUUUAAUGU